AUGAAUGCGGACAAUCAGAACCAACCCCCAUCGUCGACCUCGCUCUCGUCUUCGAGAUGGGACCUUUGGCUUUCCAGGGGCGAGCAGGACCUCGACUUCCUGGACAUAAACAAGGCGUCUGCUGUGCGAAUACUGGAAGUUGGGCCACGCGAUGGUUUACAGAACAUCAAAGCACAAGUCCCUACGCAAACGAAAGUUGAGCUGAUCCGUCGCCUUGCACAUACUGGGCUUCGAAAUAUCGAAGCCACUUCCUUUGUGUCACCCAAAUGGAUCCCACAAUUAGCUGACAGCCAGGAAGUCCUCCAAGCGGCCCAAGCGAUCGGAGAGCCCCUGGGGGUCUGGCUACCUGUGCUGACUCCCAACAUGAAAGGUCUGGAACGAGCAGUACAGAACCAGGCAAGGGAGGUGGUUGUCUUCGCAUCGGCGUCAGAAGGCUUCAGCUGGAAGAACACCAACUGCUCAAUUGAAGAUGCUCUCCAAAGGGCCGAAGAAAUCGUAAAGGCGGCGAAAGCUCAUGGCAUUCGAGCACGUGGCGUGGUAUCUUGCGUCGUUGCUUGCCCUUAUGAUGGUCCCACAGAUCCGAAGCAAGUCCUGGAUGUCGCAAAGCGUUUCCUAGAGAUGGGCUGCUAUGAGGUUGGCCUUGGCGAAACGAUUGGCGUGGCCACGCCGCAUGAUAUCGAGGAGCUGCUUCGUGUGCUGCUCGCUGAGAUCCCAGCAGAAAAGCUUGCUGGUCACUAUCACGACACGUAUGGCCAAGCCAUCGCCAACGUGGUCAAGUCGUACGAAAUGGGACUUCGAGCAUUCGACAGCAGCGUCGCCGGACUUGGAGGAUGCCCCUACGCGAAAGGUGCGAAGGGAAAUCUGUCGACAGAAGACAUGGUAUACACCUUCGAGAAAGCUGGAAUCCCCACAGGAAUCGACUUGCAGCAAUUGUCAGAAAUCGGCGACUGGAUCUCGAAAGAAAUCGGCAUCCCCAACAAUAGCAGGGCAGGAUCGGCUGUGGUCGCAAAGAGCCAAUCCAAGGAAAACACUGCCGUUUCCAAACAGGAAAACCACGUCGUCAAGAGUCCCGAGUGGUCCUUGCUCCGGGACGCCGGGGACUACAAGGUGCAAAGGGCCGACCAUGCUGUCAGAAUCACGUUGACCAGGGCGAAGAAUGGUACUGCUCUGACGAACGACAUGGUGGAAGGAAUCACAAGAACAUUCAAGGAUCUCGCCAGCGACCCGACAGUUUUCCACAUCAUUUUGGAUGCCGAGGGCAAAUACUUCUGCACAGGCAUGGACCUGAGUGGCGGUGGAGCAAGUGCUUCAAAUGAUCCCGCUGAGAAGUCAGAAUACUACGGCAAAGUCGAAGCACUGUACGAGGCAAUCGACCAUGCACCACAAACCACGAUUGCUGUGGUGGAUGGUCCAUCGUAUGGGGGAGGUGUUGGCUUAGCCUUUGUCUGCGAUGUCCGUCUCCUCUCCUCGAAUGCCCGCUUUACGAUGACCGAAAUCCAACUCGGUCUGUCUCCCGCAAUCAUCUCGAAAUACAUGAUUCGGGAAUGGGGCAUCCCAUUCCUGCGCGAAGCAAUGCUGGCUGGGCGAGAAGUCAAGCCCGACGAACUGCACAGAAUUGGAGUCGUUCAUGGCACGGCCUCGAGCUCGCAAGACCUGCAGGAAUUGACCUCCCGAUAUCUUCGGGAUUUGAGGAAAUGUGCGCCUCGGUCUGCAGCAGCGUGUAAGCAGCUUGUCAGACUGGGAUGGAGAGAUCCUGGCGGAGCAGAGCAGCAACACUUCGUGACCAAAGUGUUUGCAGGCAUGAUGCAGCCGGGCUCGGAGGGUGAGCAUGGUCUUGCACAGUUUCGGCAGAAGAUCAAGAGUGUCGAUUGGGGCCAAUUUCAUGCGAUGAAGAGCAUCAAAACGGCUGCAUCGUGA